CUUGCAAAGAGCUGUGGGGUCUGCCCACUUCAUGUCAUGACGAUGAUGAAGACUGAUGCUGAGGUGCGUGGACUGUGCUGCUAACCCCUUCCCCCACAGGCAGACAGAGAGAUGAAAAAAUCAACGCGCCUUUAAAUAGAACCAUAUUGUCAUUCUGACUGCUGUUAUCUGACUGCUAGAGCGGAGACAGAUCCGCUCGGCAUCCAUUGCCUCACCGCACGACACGACAGAAGAAAUACACUUUUUAUUCUUUCAUUCUACACACUCUUGUGUAAACAUGCCGAGCAAGAGAAAGAAGAACAAGCGCCGAAUGAGAAAAGUGCAGGCCCAGAGAAAGGCUCUGGAGGAGCGGUUUGCCUCCUCUGGAAAGGGAACCCCAGGAGUGCGUGCUGUCCCUGCCCCAGUUCCUGCUCUAGUUCCAGUCGCUAAAACCUCAAAGUGUCCCGUUGCCGUUCCAAUUCCCCUGCCAGUGAUUGCUCCCAUUGACGUUCCUGCUGAAGUUCCUCCUGCAGAACCAGUCGCGUUAGAAGUCCCAGUCACGGAUGCCAUCAAAGACAAAGUGGUGAAAGAUGCAGAGGACCUAGGACAACCCCCAGUUGAACCCCCUGCAAAAGAGCCAGAUGUGACUGAGGAAGGUGAAAGCGUUGUCAUUCCAGUAUCAGAGGUCACAUCAUCUAUAGAUGAGCUAGUGUCGAUCCCUGCAGAAUCUGAGGUCCAGUUCGAGGACACUACACCUAUAGCCACAGAGACGCAUGUUGUAGCUCAGCCAGUUGAGACGGUUGACACCGUGUGUGAAGAUGAAGCUGAGCUUCCUGCUGAGGAUCCUGUGGUAGAGGUGCCAGUGCCAGAGACGGUGACUACAGCUGAAACUGUUGCUGCGGUUGAAACUGUGACAGAAACAGUAGUACCUGAAGUUGAGCCUGUUGCUGAUGCCGCAGUGGAAGUCGACGGGCAUGUUGUCGGUGUCGUAGAAGAACCUGCUGUUGAAGCCGAAGCCAUAACUGUUGAAAAUGAGCCUGCUGAAGUCCGCACAGAAGUCACGGAGAAUGUACAUGCAGAGCCUGAACCAGAAGAGUCUCCAGUGGAAGCUGCAGUACCUACAGAAGCUUUAGUGGAACCAGAGCCAGAGCAGACGCAGCAGCAGCCAGUCCUACUGGAGGAACCCACGCCUUCGGUCGAGUCCACGAGUGACCCCAUCGCUGACGAAUUUGUUGUGACUGAGUCAGUAGCUGUUGACCCAGCCGUUGCAGAGGAACAGAUUCUUGAAACAACAACAGAUGCCCCCGAGGUUCUAUCAGAGACACUGUCAGAAACGAUUCCUGCUCCUGAGCCUCUGCCUGUGCCUGUGCCUGUAGCAAAGGAGAUUAUACAAACUCAAGAUGCAUUCAUGCCACAAGUAGAAACUGAAACUAUAAAGGAGUUGGCAGUGGCUGGUGGCCUAACUGUGGAUGCCAUAAAUGGAUGUCUGGGAGCUACCGAAGUUGCAAUUGAAGGUUAAAAGUGGCUAUGGUUCAUAGGACAUAAAAGGAUGGCUGAAACAUGAAACAUUGCAAAGUGCCUUUCUGUGCCGAUUCUCUCCUCAACUAUGACAAGGAUUUGUGGCUGUUCUUCGCUGGUGGAGUUUUUCUGAGCUUCUGGCUAAUUUUAUUCAGUUUCCAUAUGCAUGUACAGUAGAUUUGAUGGCGUUAUACAUUACAUACGUAGUAAAGUAAAAUGGAAGGAUGUUGCAAAUUUAUAUGUUUUUACUUAGACCAUUUUGUAAUGUGGAAUGAAUACUCCUUGUUGUAUUUGAUAAAAUGAUUUGGAGUGGAGUGCUUUAGAGCACGAUUUCAGACUAUACCAUCACCGCAUCUUUUCUGUGCCCCUUCAACCAUCCACAUGUGCCUUUUCCCAAAUGAUAAAUAAAGGGAGUUUGAGGAUAAUUAGUCUUCCCAAACUUUGCUGUAUGCAUUUCAUUUAAAUGAAAAUAGUUUAGCCUAAACUACUGCUAUUCCAUAAGACUGACAGAUGCA